AUGCCGCCUAGUACCGCCAGACCCGACCAACCUCUCAGCCCCAGACGUGAUGAUGGCUGUCAAGAAGAGGACAUUGUCUCCAUGGCAGACUCCACCAUCACCAUAGAUGACAUCGAGGGAGAGCUUUUCAAGAUUGACAGGAUUCGAGAUGUGCUGGUCAGAAGAGAGUCAGAACUCAGAUACAUGAUGGAUGACAUUCAGCUGUGUAAGGAAAUCACUCGCCUCAAGACGGAGCUCCAGAAACUAGUGUCCGUACCAGACAAUGACAAGUCCAAUGAGGACAGACAGAAAGAGGAGGAUCUUCUCCAGCAGAUUCACAAGCUGGUGGAGACCAGAGAUUUCCUUGUUGACGAUGUGGAGUUUGAGAGGCUAAGGGAAAGGGAGGAGGACAAAGAAAUGGCUGAUUUCCUCCAGUCUAGGUUCCCCAGAAACUCCAAGAAGAAAGGUCAGAUUCCAGCCAGACGGCUAAAGUCCAGGGCCCAGCAGACCUCGUCCCCCUUCACCAAGACAGGCCUGUCCCUGCUGAAGGAGUGCUGUGGCUUCACCUGCGCCAUCAUGUAGGCCGGGCCCUCAGGGGCUCUACCAUGGAGCCAAAAUAGAGCCCUGUUACAUCACAGCUUCAGUUUUCCAACCCGAGUAACACUUGAAGUACGGACAGACAACGAGCCAGUGGAGAAUGUUCAAGGAUAUUUUGGGGAUGUCGCCAGGAUGAGAUUGAUGGUGUUUUAUCUCCCAGUCUAUGUUACAUCCCGUCUGGGCUGUGUGUUUCUCUCUCUCUCUC